AUGGCUAAAGUUUUAAACGAAGAACAAUUCAAAGAACAAAUAGUUUCAAAAUAUACAGACGUUAUUGGUGAAAAAUUAGGAGGAGAAAUUCAUUCAUUCUCAGAUGAAUGGUUUGCCAAAGCUGAAAACUUAAUAAAACCAAAAGCUCCAAUUAGAGAUGCAACAAAAUUUACUUACGCUGGUGCAUGGUAUGAUGGUUGGGAAACAAGAAGACAUAAUACUGAAGAAGCAGAUUGGGUUAUUUUUAAACUAGGUGUUAGUUCAGCAAAAUUGAUUGGUUGUGAAGUAGAUACUGCUUUUUUCAAUGGAAAUCAUGCACCAUAUAUUUCAGUUGAAGCGUUACAGAAUUUUGAUAAUGAUAAAGAUUUAUUAUCUAGUAAAUGGGAUGAAAUUAUACCAAAAACUGAAUGUGGACCAAGUCAAAGACAUUUUUUUGUAAGAGAUCAAAUAACUGAAAAAAAUUAUAAUUAUGCUAGAAUUAGAAUGUAUCCAGAUGGAGGAAUUGCAAGAUUUAGAUUAUAUGGAAGUGUUAUACCAGUAGUUUCAGAUUCAAAUUCUACUGAAAUUAUAGAUUAUGCAUCAGUUAAGAAUGGAGGAGUUGCAAUAAAAGUAAGUGAUCAACAUUUUGGUACAGCUGAUAAUUUAUUAUUACCAGGUAGAGGUCAUGAUAUGAGUGAUGGAUGGGAAACUAAAAGAUCAAGAGAACCUGGUCAUACAGAUUGGGUUAUAAUAAGAUUAGGUGCACCAACUAAUUUAAAAGAAAUAGUUAUAGAUACAGCUCAUUUCAGAGGUAAUUUCCCACAAAAAGUUAAUGUAAAGGGUGCAUAUUUGGAAAAUGAAAAUGGUUUGAAUUAUGUUGAAUGGAUUCCAAUUGUUAAUGAUUCAAAAACAAGUGCUGAUAAAGAACAUUCUUUUAAAGUUGAAAAUGAUGACAUUACUUUCACUCAUAUUAAAGUUACAAUUAUACCAGAUGGAGGUGUAAAAAGAGUUAGAGCAUUUGGUGUUAAAGCAAACUAA